AUGCGUUUCACUCUUGCAUUCACUACCCUGGUUGCCGUAGCCAUGGCUGCGCCCCUCAAUAAUAUCAUCGCCCGCAAGGACGAGCUCAACGCUGCUAUUGCCGCUCUCGCCGAGGAGAGCCCCGCAGGUGCCAAGUCGACGAAGAGCCUCCUGUAUCGGGAUCUUCAACUCACACAGGAUGAGGACGAGGAUGACAUCGCCAAGCGUGACACUGCCGCUCCCAAGGCGGUGGGAGAGGUAGAAGAGGAGGAGGAGGAGGAUGAGGUGGCCAAGCGUGACAUCGCUGCUACCCAAGAAGCAGACGAGGAGGAGGAUGAGGAGGAGGAUGACAUCACCAAGCGUGACACUGCCGCUUCCGAGGCGGCGGAUGAUGAGCUGGAGGAUGAGGAGGAUGAGGUGGCCAAGCGUGACAUCACUGCUACCCAAGAAGCAGACGAGGAGGAAGAUGAGGAGGAGGAUGACAUCACCAAGCGUGACACUGCCGCUUCCGAGGCGGCGGAUGAUGAGCUGGAGGAUGAGGAGGAUGAGGAGGACGAGGUGGCCAAGCGUGACAUCACUGCUACCCAGGAAGCAGACGAGGAGGAAGAUGAGGAGGAGGAUGACAUCACCAAGCGUGACACUGCCGCUUCCGAGGCGGCGGAUGAUGAGCUGGAGGAUGAGGAGGAUGAGGAGGACGAGGUGGCCAAGCGUGACAUCACUGCUACCCAGGAAGCAGACGAGGAGGAAGAUGAGGAGGAGGACAUCGCCAAGCGUGACACUGCUGCUUCUGAGGCGGCGGACGAUGAGCUGGUGGAGGAUGAGGAGGAUGAGGAGUAA